AUGGAAACGAUAAAGGAAGAUUUAUUUAGAUGGGUCUGUGUAAAGCACGCGACGAACAGUUUCCUCGACAGAGAUUCGUUGCGAGAAAAAGCUCUGGAAUUGACGAGGACACGUGGCUUGAAUGGUUUCAAGUGCUCGGAUAGAUGGUUGACUUGUUUUCUCAAGAAUUCUGGUUUUUCUGCCGAUCUGACGAAUCACUCUGGUCCAGAGAUCCAGGAUCAUCGCGGCUGGGUUGAUCUGAUCAGGCCGAUGAUAACCGAGUAUAAACACGAGGAUUUGUUUCACACCGAUGAACUGACCAUGUACUCGGACAUUCGUCCUUCGAAGAUGGAAACAUGUUCAGAGGGUAGCGAAGGGUCGAGAAAUCGAAUAACGAUUUUGAUGGGCUGCAAUUCUUCGGGAACGAUAAAGCUGCCUCUCUUGAUAUGCGGUCCGUAUUCGUCCAAGAUAAAGGAGAAGGAACACGUUUACUGUCGCAGCGAGGACUCUUACAUCGGAGACGAGUUGUUCAAGGAUUGGUUGUCGAACGUAAACGAUCGUAUGAGAAAAUGCAAUCGAAGGGUCCUGUUGUUUCUAUGCCGGACAAGAGCAUACGCACUGAAAGAUUUUCCGGCGGCCAGCAACCUACAGCUCGUUUACCUUCCCGAGGAUUUUCCACCGCUUUUACGACCGUUGCGGGGAGACGUUUUUCAUUACGUCAAGAUGGUCUUCAGACGGAGGUACGUGGAACGCGUGAAGGACUAUACCACGAAAUGGGAACUUCCCGACAUCCUGGCGUCUUUGAUCGAAGCGUGGCAAACGUUACCGCGAGAACUGAUAAUUUUCAACUUUCAGAGGACACGCUUUAGAACGGACGACAGCCUUCUGCAAAUUAAUUACGAUUCCUGGGACAGCUUGAAAAUGGGCAUGUCGUUCAAGAGGUUCGUCACCUUCGACGAUGAUCUUUCGAACGAUAAGGUAACGCACGAAACGGACAAUCCAUGGUAUCACGAUUACAAUCUCAGAACGAACUGUAAGGAUAAUGUCGUACUGAUUUGCGAGGAUCGCGUGUUGGAGAAUAGGGGAAAAAUCGAAGAAGCAAAAGCUCGAGAUUAUCGGAAGACGAUACCACCUCUAGAACUAGGAAAUCGUACAGAUCGAAAAUUAGACUACAAGAUAGUAAAGAGUCGGAAGAAAAUGGUGAACGAUAAGCAUCGAAACGCAAAACCAAGUUCGUUAAAGGGAAACUUGAUCGAGCGAAAUACGGAGCAGAGGAAGUCCCUGAAGAGAACUUACAGCGAGACUCAAUUUUUUACGAAGGGACGGAGGGGCGAUCGACGUGUGUUCGGGGAUAAAAAUAUUAAAAAUAGCUUUUUGCCGAAGGAUCGUAAUGUUGGUCCGUCGAGAUCGAUCAGGGGGAAGGUAUUCGAAGAGGAGAUGCCUCAAAGACAUCAGCCAGAAGUGAAUAUCAUCCGAGUAUCCCUCCAAGCGAUCAUAGACAAAGCUUUGACUUUGACGUCCUCUGCGAAUGCUGAAUAUACCAAGAAGUUAAUUAACAAUAUCUAUGCGUCUAAUCAGGAAACCGCCAAUCGUCGUUUCACGCAGUCGAAACAUUUGAAUAAACAAGACAGUUUAGAGUCAAGGUGCAUGAACUUGGCGAACAAAAAGAUGACUAAGGUUGCCACGAAUUUACCCGGCAACUUGUUCGACGAAUUUAAUCAACCGUCUAGCUCUACGAGCAAUUUGAACAUUUUAUGGGAAGGAAUCGAACAAAGUGCUUCCAUGGAAACAACUGAAAGCCAAGCAGUACCUUUUGGCACACUUGAAUCAAAUACAGAAAAUCAUAGCAAAAGUGAGAAUUCGAAUCCAACGAGAAACAACGGCGACGACACUGUUCUUCAGGAAGAUUUAAGUUUCUCUGUGGAAACGAAGCGAAAAUUUCCAGAUGUAAACGAUUCCGAGGAUGCUUCUGAUAGUAAUGGACCAGGGGAAGAUAAAUCGAAAACAGAUCAUAACUGGUCGAAGCAAUUUGAAACGUCUUUCAUUUUUGGUUCGCCUGCUACGAACAACUGUUCUUUGAACCACCAGCCUCACGAAAACAUGGUUGAUCCGUGUAUUUUAAAUGUUAGAUCAUCUAUUUCUCCUAGGGAAUAA